AUGGGUCCAGCACACCAGUCGAUAUCAAUAAAACUUCCAUUUCCCGAAAACGUUCCCAUCAUAAAUCCCGCCAGUCUCCCGCUGGUCAGUGUAAACGUGACACAGACGGAAGUCAUGAUAGAAACGACUGUUAGACUGGCCCCUUCCAUGUUCCAAGCUCUCUUCCUUCCAUCACUACGAACCUUUCUCUUUCUCUCUCAAUCUUUCUUACACACUCUCUCACUCUUAUUCUCUACCUUUUUCUCUCUCAAUCUCUCUCACUCUCUCUCUCUCUCUCUCUCUCUCUCUCUCUUUCAUCUGUUCAUUUUUACCUUCAGCAUAUUUCUUCUCGUUUUCUAUUUUACGCUAUUUCUUUCCUUCUCUUUUUCUGAUCCCUAUUCCUAUCUCAUUCUUUUCUCUCUUCCUUUUAUUUUCAUAUAUAUCUACCUAUCUAUCUAUCUAUCACUAUUUCUCUCACUCUAUCUACUUGUCUUUCUUAUUCUCAUUUCUUUGCGUGUUCAUUCCUUAUUCAUAUUCUUCAUUUUAUUUCCUAAGCCUCUUUCUAUUGCUCUCUCUCUCUCUUCCUAUCUCUCUCUCUCUCACACACACACAUAA